CAGCAAGACACCAGCACAACACGAUCCUACUAAAACCAAACAACUACUCGUUGAUUGAAAGAAACAGUGUGUGUUGUGUUGUGUUGUGUCGGUGGCAUUUUUGUUGGUUCGAGUGAGCGAGGGAAGAUGUACUCUAGAGAUUCAUGGGGUGGUCCGUUGGAGAUAAACGCGACGGACUCGGCAACGGAGGACGAGCGGAGCCGGAACCUGCAGGACGUGGACAGGGCGGCGCUGUCGCGUCCCUUGGACGAGACGCAGCAGAGCUGGCUCCUAGGCCCCGGCGAGCAGAAGAAGAAGAAGUACGUCGAUCUCGGCUGCAUCAUCGUCAGCCGCAAGAUCUUCAAGUGGACCCUCGGCACCCUCCUCUUCGCCGCCUUCCUCGCCGGCCUCAUUGCCCUCAUCGUCAACACCGUCCCCCGCCACCGCCACAAACACCCCCCUCCCGACAACUACACCCUCGCCCUCCACAAGGCCCUCAUGUUCUUCAAUGGCCAACGAUCGGGGAAGUUACCGAAGCAUAACAAUGUGUCUUGGAGGGGAAACUCGGGGAUGCAAGAUGGGAAAUCUUCGGAUCAUUCUGCUGCGAUUAAGGAUCUGGUGGGAGGGUACUAUGAUGCAGGGGAUGCUAUCAAGUUUAACUUUCCUGCUUCGUUUUCCAUUACUAUGUUGAGUUGGAGUGUGAUUGAGUACAGUGCAAAGUAUGAGGCUGCUGGGGAGCUUGAUCAUGUGAAGGAGAUUAUCAAGUGGGGUACUGAUUAUUUUCUCAAGAGUUUUAAUAGCACUGCUGAUACCAUCACCACCCUUGCUGCUCAGGUUGGGCUUGGAGAUACUUCUGGUGGUGACAGUCCGAAUGAUCACUAUUGCUGGAUGCGUCCGGAGGACAUGGACUAUGACCGCCCUGUGACUGAAUGCCACAGUUGUUCCGAUCUCGCGGCUGAGAUGGCUGCUGCCUUGGCUUCUGCUUCCAUUGUUUUCAAGGACAACAAGGCCUAUUCCAAGAAACUGGUGCAUGGUGCGACCACGCUGUUCAAGUUUUCCAGGGAUCAGAGAGGCAGGUACAGUGCUGGGAGUUCAGAGGCUUCAAUAUUUUACAAUUCUACCAGUUACUGGGAUGAGUACGUUUGGGGAGGUGCUUGGAUGUACUUUGCUACUGGAAAUUCGUCGUACCUUAAGCUUGCUACGGCUCCUGGCCUGGCCAAGCAUGCUGGUGCCUUCUGGGGAGGCCCUGAUUAUGGAGUACUCAGCUGGGAUAACAAGCUUGCUGGUGCUCAGGUUCUUCUGAGUCGUUUGAGGUUAUUCUUGAGUCCCGGGUAUCCAUAUGAAGAAAUUUUAAAGACCUUUCACAACCAGACAAGCAUAAUCAUGUGCUCCUAUCUACCAGUUUUCACAAGCUUUAAUAGAACCAAAGGUGGCUUGAUUCAAUUAAACCACGGUAGGCCUCAGCCUCUCCAAUAUGUGGUCAAUGCUGCCUUUUUGGCUGCCCUUUAUAGUGAUUAUCUUGAUGCUGCUGAUACACCUGGAUGGUAUUGUGGACCUAAUUUCUUUUCAACUGAUGUGCUCCGUAAUUUUGCCAAGACCCAGAUUGAUUACAUCCUUGGAAAUAACCCAAGGAAAAUGAGCUAUGUUGUAGGUUUUGGUAAUCAUUACCCAAAACAUGUUCACCAUAGAGGAGCAUCUAUACCGAAGAACAAGAUCAAGUAUAGCUGUAAGGGUGGAUGGAAAUGGAGGGACACUUCUAAGCCAAACCCAAAUACAAUUGUUGGUGCCAUGGUUGCUGGUCCUGACAAGCAUGAUGGCUUCCAUGAUGUUCGUACAAACUACAAUUACACAGAGCCAACUCUUGCUGGAAAUGCUGGUUUAGUUGCAGCACUAGUGGCAUUGUCAGGCGACAAAAGCACAUCGAUUGACAAAAAUACCAUUUUCUCUGCUGUUCCCCCAAUGUUUCCUACACCGCCACCACCACCAGCACCAUGGAAACCAUAAGCGCAUCAUGCCAUUGGUUAUUUCUUUCUAGCAAGUAUCCCAGAUGAUUUGAGUGCACCGGUAACCUUCGUUGUUUUGUAUCAACUGAAAGAUCAAGGUAAUUUUGCAGAAAAAAAGCUUUGAGAAAUAGAAGAAAUGGAGCUUGGCCUACUGAAUAUAGCUGCCUGGGGCCAAUGAUCGACUCAAGAUUUAGCAUUAAGAAUUGAUAAAGUGGUACUUGAGAGUGUGUCUCUUUAAAUUUUUGUGAUACACAUAUAGUAUAUAUGUAUCUAAAUCAAAUCUUGUAUUCUUUAAACAUGAAAAACUGAACAGCUUGUAAUUGUUUGACAGUUUCAUCUAAUGCCUUCACAGUUUUACUCAA